AUGAGCCAGCAGAGUCCCAGCAGAGACCAGUGUCUCUGCUCAGUGGAACCACACAACGUAACAGGGGCUGUGGAAUUCCUCCUCCUGGGACUCUCCGAUGAUCCCCAAGUACAGCUUCUUCUCUUCUGCCUCUUCCUGUCCAUGUACCUGGUCACCAUCACGGGAAACCUGCUCAUCAUCCUGGCUGUCAGCUCCGAUCCACUCCUGCACACCCCCAUGUACUUCUUCCUCUCCAUCCUGUCCACCACUGACAUUGGCUUUACCUCCACCACAGUGCCAAAGAUGAUUUGGGACAUUAACACUCAGAGCAGAACCCUCUCUCGUGCCGGCUGCCUAUUGCAGUUUUCACUUUUUUAUUUCUUUGCAAAUUUGGACAGUUCCAUUCUAGGUGUAAUGGCAUAUGAUCGCUUUGUAGCAAUUUGCCACCCCCUGCACUACCCCAUCAUCAUGAACCCCCGCCUUUGUAACCUGUUCCUUCUGAUGUCUGUUUUUGUCAGCGUUUUGGACGCCCAGAUACAUUGCCUGAUGAUAUCACUGCUAACAUAUUGCUCUCAUGUGGAAGUCCCUCAUUUCUUCUGUGACCCCCCUCAACUUCUGAGGCUUGCUUGUGAGGACACAUCCACUGACAAGCUACUAAUGUAUUUUAUUGGUGCUAUCUUUGGUGGUGUUCCAGUCUCAGGGAUCCUGUACUCUUAUACAAGAAUUGUGUCAUCAGUUUUGAGAGUCUCAUCUACAGGGGGGAGGUCCAAAGCCUUCUCCACCUGUGGCUCUCACCUGUCGGUUGUUUGCUUAUUUUAUGGAACAGCGAUUGGGGUUUACCUCAGCUCAGCUGUCUCCCAUUCUCCCAGAAAUGGUACGCUGACCUCAAUUGUGUACUCUAUGGUGGUCCCCAUGCUGAACCCCUUCAUCUACAGCCUGAGAAACAAGGACCUCCAGAGAGCCUUUCAGAAAUUUCUCAGUAGGAAAACUUCAUCUUAA